CCGAAUGAUGGAACACGUUUCCGAAUGUUGGAAUCGUUUCCCAUAGCUCACCAAAAUCCAUAAGUGCAAACAUAGUUAAACUUUUAUGAAACGUGUGCAGGAUAGUUAGUAUAUUUGCUACCGAUAGCACCAAUGAUAUUUUAGCAAAUAUUGGACCAACUGGGGUUACACACUACACAGGCUAGUUGUCCGCAGAAAAUGAUGAAAUUCCCUCAACCAAGAAAUUAUUAAUUUAAUUGUUCAAUUAUGAUUGGUGAGUCGGCAGGAUUUUCAAGCAAUCCAAUCCAUAUUGUUGCUUGGUUUCAAGUUCAAAGAGUGCCACGUUGUUGAGGUUUAUGCGGUCUUGUACAGAACGAACUUGGCAUUAGUUUAACUUUGACCUACCUAAAUAACAAAAACAUGCUCUUCGGUGGAAGUAAGCAUUUUUGGAAAACAUUUAGUGAUAUCGUAGUAUGUGGAUAUAGACUUUGUUUUCCAAGCGGGAAAACUAUGAAAAUUUUAGUUUGUUGAUGUUGAAACGGAAAAUACCGAGUCCGGAGUCGUCAGUAACAAACAGUUUUGAUUGGACACUGGACAGCACCGAUACAUAAUCAAUACAAACGCACUCUUCGAUUGGUAUCGAGACAAUAUGAGACGAGUAAUAUGAUUGCAACGUCAGUAUAAAUAAAGGAACCUUUGCGGAGAAAGCAAUUCACUCGAGAGACUUCGCCGUUUAGCAGAAUGUCACGUCUUUUCACGCUCUUCAUAUUGAUAAUUUGCUACCAAAUUCAGAACCUUCCGCUGGUGUCGUCGUCGAGUUCAAACACACUUAAUGGCCAACACCUCAAAGUUAUUUGGCCUCGCUGGAAGGGAAAUCCCCCAGGACUGACGGGUCCGCUCAUGGGUGGCACCAUCGUCGAUACCUUGGCAGAACGUUUCAAUUUCACGUACGAGAUGGUCCGAGUCACAGAGAACAGAUUGGAGCCACAAGGAAAGGAACGCGGACUUUUCAACUAUAUGUGGGAAAAAAAAUGUGACUUGCUAAUCAUAGGCGUGGGACUGACGUACGGACGUUUUUUAGUUGUGGACGUGACGAUUCCUUUGGUUUUUGAACCCUAUCGGUUCCUCAUACCUGUCCAAGGUGACACGGCCAAUAUCAACGCCGUCAUCAAACCAUUCCAAUGGCCGGUUUGGCUGGGACUUGUCAUUUCGAUCGUCUUCGUCAUUAUUGUUUUGCAAUUAUUUGAAAAUGCGUUUGGACCUUCCAACGUACCCAACCAUGGCAACACAACAAAUCAAUGGAAUUGGCUUUAUUGUGUGAGACAAAUUGGAAAACAUUACGUCUACGUUUUUGGCAAUUUAUUGUCACAAGGCGGACCUUGCCCAUCAAAACGUUUAUCAUUUCGGCUGGUCGCUGGCGUUUGGUGUCUGGCCGCUUUCAUCUUCGUCCAGGCCUACACGUCGAUAUUAUUCACUUACAUCGUGACCCCAGUUAAUCAUCCGCUAAUCAAUUCCGUCUACGAUAUUGUUGAACAUAGCGAUAUUCAGUUGCUUGUUCGAAAAGCAUCGACUUUGAAUCGCUACAUUUCGGAUCCUAACGCGACUGGAAUACUUCCGAAAUUGAGGAAGAAACUGGAUUCCUUCCCCAAUUCCGAAUGCCAUAUGAUAUCAGAGUGCAUUAAUAUGAUUAAGCCCGGCUCAAGAAAAACUUUUGCAGAUGUGAUUUCUGCACAGCUGGAAGCCAUCAAAGGGCACUUUGAUCAAACUAAAAAAUGCGACAUUCAGUUGGCAAAGGAAUCCUUCUUGACCGUCUUUGCGUCACUUGCUCUACAGAAACACAGUCGCUACACUGACACCAUCAAUAGAGGGGUGAUGGAGUUCCAACAAGGUGGACUAAUCGACCAUUGGGAAUCGGGGUUCAACCCGAUGCCACCACAGUGUUUGGCCAACACAAAAAGCGGAAACCAGAAGCAAGAAACCAAACCUUCGGUUAUUAAACUGAGCAAUUUGACAGGUGCUUUCGUCGUCCUUUUGAUUGGAUUCAGCGCCUCCUUCUUAAUUUUUCUUAUUGAACUUAAUAAUAAUCUCCAUACCUCAACGUCAAAACAAUCCGAUAUGGCAUCUAACAAGAAACACGGAACAUAAAUUACCCAGAAGACUUCAUACAUUGAAUGUUACAUUUUGACAAGUAGUCGACCGCUCAGAGCUCUAACAGUAUAAAUUAACACGUUUUAUUUUUUAGCGGGAAUGUUUUGGCCAUCGCUGAGUUUUUUUUAAAUUUUGUUUCUGUGUUGGUUCAUCACUAUCAUUUCUCAUAUCAAUGAGUUUUGGUAGAAUUUUCAGCGAGAGCAAACAACUUCACGCUUCAUUCAUAUAUGUAAUAAACAGAUUUUUUUU